AUGGCCGGCACACCGGGUCAGCGGCGGUCCAGACGGCUGCGACAGGAGAGCCGGCCGAGGGCCCCCCCUCGGCCCGUUGAUCCCAGCACACUGCGACAACCGGACCCAUCCGAGGGGCCAGGCCUGCACGUUGAGGAGGCCAGCGACGACGAGGAGGAUGCAGUGAACCAGGUGUCAACCUCCUCCGCGGGCGGCACUGCGGCCCGCCGGACUGGCUUCAGGACGGGCCGGGCGCCACCAAAGCAGCAGCCUGGGGAGGAAGGGGGACCCGGUACGCCACCGCCCACGGUCCUGGAUCCAGAGGUGCUGGACGACGUCAUGUCCAUCGAUGACCCCGAGACGCUGGACCCAGACUAUGCUCGCCGGCUGAACGCGGAGCGCGGCAAACAGGGCGUCCAGGUGGACCCCGAGGAGGUCAGGCGUGGCAGCAUUCUGCUGGAGAUUGCUCGUGCAGGGGAGAAGGUGGAGGAUGUCAUCUCGCAGUACUCUGCGGAGAUCGAUGUGGAGAUGCUGGAGGUCAGUCGAUUUGCGCGGGUGGUUCUGGAUGCACAUUGGAUGCUGCAGGCCGAGUUCCACCGCCAGCACUCCGCGCCCGCCCUGCGACUCCUGGAUGACGUGAUGCGCUUGCUCACCCCCGACGAGUCCGGCGCGGACGGAAGGGGCCCCCAGGAAAGGGAGGCCGCGGCGUCGGCCCGCCUGGCCGCUGCGUUUUCGGCGACGGCCGGGCCGGGGUCGGAUCUCAUCGACCUGGCGAGGCGCCUGGCCAAAGCCGAGGCGUCCGCCAGCGACUACAUUGCCGAGAGCCUGGUGGACCGGGCAGCCUUUGUGGCCGAGUCCCAGGAUGUGCUGAGCGUGGCAGCCGCCGGCCAGGCGGACCUGGAGCGAGCCAUGGCCGCCGCUGAUUCUGCUGCGCCGGGAGAGGUGAGCGAGGCCCAGCGUGCCCGCCUGUUCGAGGUCCAUGCGGAGCGGCAGGCUGCGAUGGAGAAAGUGAGGCAGGCCAUCCAGCUGGCUCUGCGGGGGGACUGA